AUGGACAACUCGAAUGAAAAGAUUAAUACAAUCGAUAAAGAAGACGGUGAUCAGGAGGAGGAGGAGGAAGAUGGAAUUUAUGUGGCCAUGCUGAGCUCAGCCCCUCACAUUACCUCUCCAUUAACAGACAGACAGAGCGUAGGAGACCAGAGUGGAGUCAGACAGAAAGCCUGGGAGGAAUCAGGUAAGAGGGAAGAGGAGAAGAAAGAAGAAAAGGAAGAGGAAGCUAAAGAAGUCAAGGGAGCGGAAGAAAAGAAAGAUGAAGAAAAUAAUUCAGAGGAAAAGUCAUACAGCUUUGAUGACGACAAUGACAAUUUAUAUGCCAGCAUACCUGAUAACGAUCCUGAAGUGGGUGGAAGAGACUCCUUUUUCCUGGACAAGCCACCCCUACCUCCUCGAGAUCCAUCUCCCACUAUAAAACAAGAUUAUAUUCACUACUUUUCACAAGCAAGGAAAUGGGAUGAAGACAGAAAGGAAAGAGACGAGACUUCUGGUCAUCUGGAAGUAUACGGUGGAGAAGAAGAUAAAUCUGAGGACGAUGACGAGGAUCCGUAUACUUUUGCCGAGUUGGAUGAAAGUGUGUAUGAUAUGAUACUGGCAUCUGAUGAGGAGAAAAGAAAGCAACACGGAUCCUUUAUUAUAAACCGGCCACCAGCACCUACCCCUCGUCCAUUGAGUUCCCCUAAAGAAGAGAACACUCCCUAUAUAGUACAAGUGUUUCAGCAAAAGGGCACCAGAACUCAGAGUGAUAACGAGAAGAUGUACUAUGCUUUCAGGAAACAAGACAAAGUUCGAACUGACACUUCCACCUAUACCACUUUGAGACACAACAUCCCUUCUGGACAGGACGAACUGAUCCUUUUGCAGGAACAGGUGAAGAAGGGAGCAAUUACUGUGGAUGAAGCACUUGAGAAAUUUAAACAAUGGCAGAAUGAAAAAAGCAGAUUAGAAGUUCCACAGCAGGAAAAAGUACGCCAGCUCAGAGAUAGCAUUAUUGGGAAAAGACCAGAAGAAGAAAUUUUGUAUGACAAAAUCACCAUUGAACAUCAUCCAAAUGUUUGUGGGGAAAACCUUCAUUUUAGAGACCUGCUGUACACAACACCAUUUAACAAACUGUCUCCAACUCGAAACCCACCAGAAAAGGAACAGAUGCCUAAAGAUAAUUAACGGAGUGCACCUCUUCAUUCUGUCUUGCAUCAGCUGCCUCUGUUCAGCAUCCCACACACGUAUCCAAUCUACAUCUUGACUUAUGCUCAAUCUACUGCACAUAUUGCUAAGAAAAUGACCAUGCUCUCAUCACUGCAGUUUCUGCACCUUGGAAUCAUACGGUUUGGGCAAUCGUGGCAAAAGUCCAGCAUUGCUGAAGAAAGUAGUAAUAAAAAUUUCUUGUCAAGUCAGCACUAAAUUUUACACUCUUUCCUUGCUGUUUAUUUCAGUUGAUUCUCUAAAUGAGAGGUUAAGAAAAAAACUGUGCCUUGUUUUGCGUAUCGUAUUUUAUACUCAUUUCAACUGCUACAAAACUGUUAGAGAAGUGCAGCUAAAAAGUGCCACUAAAAAGCUGAAUAAGAUGCUUGAUUUAAAUGGACUCACAUGCACACAACUGGUGAAGUUAUAAAUACAGAGAAGUUGUAUGUUUUCCUUUCUGUUGUUUAAAAACAUUUUUAUACAAAUUUGUAAUGUCUGUUUUUACAGGAAACUUGCCUCUUUUGCCAGGAGGAAUGACUGUAUUCUAAUUAGAGCUACUUUCUAACAGCCAUAUCUUUGUAUAUUAAGUUUGGAAGUAAAUCAGCACGAGUUAUCUGCAGCUAUAAGCAUGAUUACAAAAAAUAAUGUUUACAAGG